AUACAGCAUCCAGGCAUUCACUUGCUUCUACUCGUAUCUACAUUCAGUAUGAGGUUCGUGAUGAUAUCGCCGUUUACUUUUCUGUUGGUGACCCUCCAGUUGUUGCUGCCAUCUUCAUCAUACUCAUGUGAAGAGGGUAAAGCUGACAUCAUGUUUGUUUUAGACGAAUCGAGUAGUGUUGGCCAAAAAAACUUUGAAACAACGAAAUCCUUCGUUCAAAAUGUUGUCACCAAUCUUCCUGUCGGAUCAGAUUCCGUUCACGUAGGCCUGCUGAAAUAUGGCUUUGGAGUUAACGAGGAAUUUGAUUUACGUAAAUACGAGGAUCCAAGUUCAUUGAAGAACGCAAUAAAGGAAGUUGGUUACGACGGUGGUAUUACAAAUACACAUAAAGCAUUAGAUUAUCUUCGUACGAAUUCUUUUACAGCAUCUAAAGGGGAUAGAGAAGAUGCUCCAAACAUUGCAAUCUUAAUAACAGACGGAAAAUCAAUUGAUAAAGAGAAGACAAAGGAAGCUGCAGAACGUUUAAAAGCUGCUGGUGUUACUGUAUUUUCUAUAGGAGUAGACAAAGCUGUUCAAGACGAGUUGGAAGCAAUUGCUAGUAAACCAAGCUCGGAAUACGUAUUUUAUGUAGAAGACGUUAAUGGCCUUGAUGAAAUUAAAGAGCGUAUAUCAUCAGAUAUUUGUAACCAGGUUAACCCAUGUGAAAACGUACCUUGCGAAAAUUUUGGAAAAUGUAUCGUAAAUAAUACAGACUAUUAUUGCCAGUGCCCCGAAGGAUUUCAAGGACAAAAUUGUUCCAUUGAUACAAACCCCUGCAAACCCGAACCUUGUGAGAAUGGUGGCAGAUGUUUCAGGAGAGGCACCGAAUUUGUUUGCAUAUGUCCAACUGGAUAUGAAGGGAAAAUUUGUUCAGAUGAAAUUGACUAUUGCAAAGACAAUCCUUGCGAAAACGGUGGAGUAUGUUACAAGGAAGGAUCGAGCUUUGUAUGUUGGUGCCAGAACGGAUUUCAAGGCAAAACAUGUAGCCAUCAAAUUAACCCCUGCAACAGCAAUCCUUGUGAAAAUUCUGGAAAAUGUUUCAGCAACGGACCAGACUAUAUUUGUCUUUGUCCACCUGGAUAUGAAGGCAAAGAAUGUUCAGAAGAAAAAAAUCCAUGCAAAAGCAACCCAUGUAAAAACGGAGGAAAUUGUUCACAUGAUCACAGCACAUAUAAUUGCACAUGUCAAGAUGGAUUUGAAGGUCGUGAUUGUUCAAAAGUUGAUCCAUGUGCAAGCAGUCCUUGCAAAAACGGUGGAACGUGCUUCAAAAAUGGUGAAAACUACCUUUGCGCAUGCACAGAGGAUUAUGAAGGAGAAAACUGCACUUCAGGUGAGUAA